GUUGGAUUCUACGGAAAAGAUUGUACUAUAGAGUGUCCGACUGGGUUUUAUGGGAAAUUGUGCAAACAAAAAUGUAUGUGUACAGAAACAGAAACCUGCAAUCUGUUUGUGGGAUGUGUGGACAUUAAUAUAAAAUGCAACAACGAGACAAACCCUAUACAGGAAUGUGAUUUACUUGUCCAUGCAGCCAUGGGAUUUGUUGUUCUGCAGAUUUUUACCUUAAUUUUCAUUUCACUUUUAUGUUUAUACAGAUAUCGAAGACUCAGCAAGUAUGAGAUCCAAAAUAUUAUGGACAAGUCGACAGAUUCACCUAAUCAGUUUCAGGAAUUGCAAUUGAUUCGUUCUGAAGAACUUGAAGAAAAUAUAGAUUUUCUUCCAGAAAGUAUGAAAGAGAACACUAAUCAUAAGGUACACGGAAAACAAACACAUGACUACAGUCGGGUGUACUUUCCUAAAUUCAAAAUCGUUGAUACACCAGCCGACGAAUACAGCAAAACUAUUAUAAGCAGACAACAGGUUGAUGAACAUAAAAGGAAAAUUGUAUAUUCUAAAGAUCAAGACAAAGUCAAUAUGCAAAGUACGAUUUUCUUCUACAGAACAACCUAAUUUAAGAGAACCAAGACCUUAUAGUCUUGCAAGAAUGACUUGGAAUCUCUAAGGUUGAUUUUAAUCUUUAAAUAAUUGUUGAGUUAUAAUAAAAUA